AUGGCCCCCGAGGCGCCUUAUGCUGCUUCAGCGGCUGGCAGUGUGAAGCCUGGGCCGGAAGUGGAAGGCCCACUUGCACAUAUUGACAGCUCAUUGGAAGCCAGCAGGAUUCAUCACAUGGCUACUGCCAACGCGCAACUCUACACUGAGCAACCUCCUAUUAAGCUCGAGGAGCAAGACCGAAAGAACGUACUUCGAGCUGCUGCUAUCUCGAUGGCGCGCGAUAUGUACGAGAUUACGGAGGCAAGAGAGGAAGAACAGACAGGAGAGCCCAGCGCAGCCCUCUACGGUGCUCAGCGAGGCCACAGCCGCAUGCGCUCUCAGCAAACGGUUCCCAAGUCCGAUCCAACGGCCCUUAAGCAGGCUAUUAAAGUGCAAGAAGCGGCUCAGCAGCGGGCUGCGGAGAAAUUGGCCAAACUGAAUGAGCCAACUUAUCAGGAAUAUUAUGGGGUUGAACCCCAUGCUCCGCGGCCCAGCCUGUCUAUCCGUCGCAGGAGAGCAUCCUUCGACUCGGACACAUCAGCUGCUGAUGCCGAGCGAUCAAGGGAGAUUAGGUACCAAAUGUCUAGCCUUCGAUCGCGACUCGAUGCUGUGGAUGAACAGAGAACGAAAGACCGUGCCAACUUGAUGGAAGCCGCAAGGCGAAAUGUCAACGCGACCAUCCAAGAUAUGGAGAUGCGUGUCUACAAUGAAACUGGCCGGCCUCCACCAUCGAUGCAAAAAGAAUGGGAGGAGGCAGCACUUGAGCGGGCACAACGCGAGGUGCAGGAAGGAGAGCCCUACCAACCACCCGACAGAGUCAAUAUUGGCGCUGAAAGAUACAUGGAUAUGGCUGAUGUGGAGGCGGUCGCCCGUUCGAGGCUUCAGCCAACAUUCGAUGAGAUCACGGAUCGUGCCGAGAAGCAGAGGGCCAAGGAAUUGGAGGCUCGUCUGGAUGCCGAAGAAAGGGAGCGAUAUGAGGCUAUUGCGCGUGAGCGGGAGCUUGAUACGAUGGCCGAGGAGAAACGCCAGCGAGAGGCAGAGAUUCAAAAGCACAAGAUGAAGGAGAAAGCUGCAGGGGAAAAGACAUGGCUUUGGAGACGGAAGUCGAAGCGAACGCGAGACACUGAACGUCCUGCUGAAAAGCCUUCAGCUGAGGAAGAGACUGAUUACCAUGCGGCCGGUGGAGCGGCAGCUGCACCUGCAGCUGCACCUCAGCCUGAAGUUGCGCCUCAGGCCACUACUCCUCCGGUUGAGGCUGCAUCUCAGGUGGAAGCUGCCCCUCAGGCUGAAGCUCCUAUGGCGGAACCUCCCAAGGCCGAAGCUCCCGAGGCGGAAGCCCCUAAGGCUGAAGCUCCCGAGGCCGAAGCUCCUAAGGCUGAAGCUCCCGAGGCCGAAGCUCCCAAGGCCGAAGCCCCUAAGGCUGAAGCCCCUAAGGCUGAAGCCCCUAAGGCUGAAGCCCCUAAGGCUGAAGCCCCUAAGGCUGAAGCUCCCAAGGCCGAAGCUGCUACCCAGGGCGAGGCGCCAGUUAUCGACACUGCACAACCCCAGCCUGCUGAGGAAGAAGAGUUGAUUGUCACUCCAGGGGCCGCCGGAGAAGUACCUCCGCUUGAGCGACGGGAAUCCAGACUCAAAACUUGGUUCAGAGGCCGGGUGGGUCGCCGGCCUAACGGUACGGAACGUCAGUCUCCACGAGAGAUAGAAGGCGAGAAAGAAAGUGCUGCAAGCACAGGGUUUGCUGGAGGCGCGGCGCUGGCGGAGAUAGAUUCACGCGGUGCGGCACUCCGAUCUCAUCCUGUCACAGGCAAUGAUCUUGUCGCGAUGCAGCAUAGAAUGUCCGUUGACCAAGGCAGUUUAGGAAACGAGGCCACGCGGCGUGGCUCGAGCGGCAUUGCUGAGAGUGGCGAGAAUAGAAGGUCGUCACGCCUGAGAUCCAGUUUCAUGAAGAUUGUGUCUGGCGGCUCACAUGACCACAGGACUAAUGGUGUAUCGAAGCCGAGUGAUGAACGUCAGACCCCUUCAGAACCUGCUGAAGAGAGUGGCGUUCGUAACAUUGCAGGCUCCAAUGCAUCCACAGUCACAAAAGAGGAGCUGCGAGAGAGUGCCACUGAUCAGGGUUUACCUAUGCCUCCAGCCAUUGGCAAGCAUGCCACAAAUGGUAGUCGUGAAUCACGAUUCUCCGAGGACUUGUGA